CAGUCCUCCGGCACUUGGAUCCGUUGUCAGGUCGAGUAGCGCGUGUCGAUCGGUUUCCUCGAUCCGAUCCGUUCGCGUUUCACCUCUCGGAGAGGGUUAUCGCGCGUGGGCCGCGCCGGAAACCGUAGAUCGAUAUCGUCCCCGCGAGAAAGUUUCGCCGGGUUCUUGGGAACAGUUUCGAGAACGGCCGAGUUUACGGUAGAGAGAAACGCGGAGGAAUGGGAAGCGAGUAAGUUUGAUCCGCGGUGGAUGGCGACGAAUUUUCUUGGCGGGAAAGCCAAGCGCCGGUGUCUAGAGUUUGCCGAUGCAAACGAGGGGAUCGGGGGAAUCGCGGCUGGCUCGCCAGCUGGCAAACAAUGUUAUCUGCCUGUUGCUCGCAAUUGCCAGGGCGACGACUAAUUAGCGUCGACCGAUGUAGCGUACUAGGUUAAUCUCCGGAGCAGAGACAUCCGAACGGAGCUGGCUAUCGCGCGUUGCAUACGUCCGUGUGUACGCCGGGGAAAAAAAAAUUGUGGUUCGCGCGAGCGUAACGAGUCACUUUACUCGUGGCAAUUACCGCAUCGCUAACGGUAAUUGCUCUCGCCUCUGUCCGGCGUCUAAUUUGCAAGGUGCUCGAGCAAGUUUCUCGCCUCCGACGCAGUCAGUCUUUUUAUCGCUAUUUACCGACGAUUAUCGGUCGCGGCUAUCACUCGACAGAAAGUAAAAAGAAAAGUCGCGAUUGCGGUGCGUCGUCAGAUUUGAUAUCGAGAAACGUAGAAAGCGUACCGCGUGUCGGCGAUGGUAUACCGCCGUUUUUUUUACAUCGUACUUCCGGCGUGACUCGAACGAAACGCGCAUCCGAUUAAACGAAUAAGGAAAAGAGCAAGAAGUCAGAAGCGGAAGAACGGCGUGCAGACGGCGAGGUCGUUUAAGCCUCGCCGCACCGGCAGAUCGCGAGCGAGCGUCAUAGACGAACGUGAACACUGUUCUCGGGCGAUCAUGGUGGCACUCGGUUCCCGGUGAAAAAGGGAGCCGCGCGUAUGAGUAAGAAAGUUCCUUCCGCGAUCCCUCGGCGAAGAAACGUACAUCGAGGGAAUUAAUCGAUCGCGAACGAUAACGGGACCCCGAUACGUCUUGGGACUCGCGCGUAAUCGCGGAUACGUGAUUUGGCGGAACGCGUAACGAGCUGCGUAAGUAAGUCGAACGGUGAACCUACCCUCUUCGCGGUAACGAGCAUCCGAAGACUUCUUCUUCGUCUCGCGUCGGCAAAAACUGAGCUCGAGAUAGCCGUUUCCUGUCAUCGUGGGACGACGCUGACGAGAAAAUGAAUUCGGACCGGUGAACGGUAAAUGAAUUUCGAAAAUCGCAGACAGCGCUUUUAUAUAUAUGUUCGCGUGGAGUGUAUGGCGUUUUAAUUGAAUCCAUGCCACGGUUGGGAGAACAACGACGGAUGAAACGCACCGCGUUUUAAUAAACAGUUGGAAAACGAGAGAGAACUCGCUACCGCGUUUCUCUUUAUGAACGCGUGCUGAACGAAACUUAGCCUUCUUUCCACCGCCUUUUCAUCCCGAAGAAAAGGGGAAUUUAAUUAUUGUUUAAACUCAGACUGGCAAGUCGCCGCUGCGGCUAUUUCUGUCGCCGGGCGCCGUCGUCGCGUCGUUCGUGCAAUUAAACUGUAUUCUUCCGCGGGAGCUUAAUUUGAAUGAACUCCGAGUAUUCUUUCGAGCUUAAGCCCGUCCUGAAAGAAGGAUCAACGGGAUAGUGUUCGCCAGUUGAGCGAGUUUCGACCGAGGCUUUAAGACGGAUCGCUGCUCGUAUUCUGGCCUGGAGAAUGGAAGAAAAAUGAGGCCUGAAUAUAUUGACAUACAUUAGUUCCGUCCGGUCGGAAUCCAAUUUGUCUUAAGUUUUUAUGCAUUAUUAAAUAUCGACAACGUUGAGAAAACAGAGGAUACAAUUAUCGUGGACAUUUAAAUUUCAAGAUGCUGGCGAGAUCGGAUCCAGUCUCGAAUUGUUCGAGCGAAAUACAACAGCGAAACAAACUUUCGAUAUGAUUCUGCUUCGUAACAGGAUAAGAAUUUUAUCGGAUUUCUGUCAUAUCUGCGAGAAGAUUGCCAACGCAUGAUCCUCUCUUGAAGAACAGAUAAGAUACGUUGAUUGAAUUUAAACAGUGCGAAUACAGGCGCUUUGUCGAGCAGUGUUACGAGUUUUAAGUGUACAAGCUGAGGAAACGUGUUUCUAUAUAAGAGAUCGUCGAGUGAAGGAAGCCUCUGAUUAAAUUCUCGUGGGAAUCUGUUUGAGAAACGUACCGAAAAAGAGUGAAAAUUUUAUAAAGCGCAUUCGUGAGUGAGAAUGAUUACUGAAUUUAGGAAUCAGAUUUCGUUCUUUGCCAUUGUACUAAAUUAAUCAGAAACACCUGAAACACACGCCAGGAAACAGUGAGAUUAGGUCCGUGUGUAUGAAACGUCGUUUUAUUAUCUAGUUAACAUUGGAAUAAUUUCGUGUCAACAAGAUUUAUAAAAAAACGCAUUCCAAUUCCAGUAGAUGUCGUAAUUCUCUUUAUACAUUAUAGAUAUUAUUUUCAAUAAUAUUACAGGAAGACUAAUUAAACCAACAAAUUGUAUUCUUCAGUUUAUUAUUUCUGGCAAUGAAUUUUUAAUGCGACCUGAGAAAAUGAAAUUAUCUAUUCAUUUAAUAACACGUAAAAAUGAUUUAUAAAUCUUUCGACUAUCGUUUGCCGCAUUUUAUGACGACGUUUUAUGCACCAAUCUAAUAAAAGCAGCAAGGAAGAUUUACGACGAACUGUAAGAAGGAUCGAUCUACUUAAAGGAUUCUACCGUUCGAUAACGCGAUUGAGAGGUUGUGUGUAUACGCGUGUCGGGCCGACAGUCACGUACUCGGUGCACGCGUUUUCGAUUCGAGGCUUUGGGGACGUGGUACCGUUCGAUUCUUCGCGUUAGACCACGCCGAUAUCGGCCGCGUUACUCUUCACACGAGGAUUUCGCGACGAUUUUCAUCGCCGACGUUCCUACUUUUCACGUUCAGAGAUUUCAUGUGAUUAUUCUGUGGAGAUGCUCAAAAUACGGAUGCUGGACUAUAUCGGGGACACGGGGAGACAGCAGCUGGAACAAUCUGUGUAUUGUGAGGCUGAGCCUCGGCGUGCAGCCUCGGAGGAUGAAAGGCAAGAAGUCCAAGGCGCUAAUCAAGAGAAAAUAAAGAGCACCACGCAAGAUUUAUUCGAGUUACUCGAAAGGGUACAGAGUUCGCGUCUCGAUGAUCAACGAUGCGUCCUGCCACCGUACUUCUCUCAGACCCCGAGGGAGGACCGUGCGGCAGCGUCGAGUCCUGCUAAUCAGAAUAAUCACACGCCAACACCGUCCCCGUCACCGGUCGGUGAUGCGCCCGUCGGCAGGGCUCUCAUGGAAGCUGCGCUCCAGCAAGCCACUUCCGGAUUACAGCCACCACUGGUGGUGACACCGCCUGGAUACUGGCUCGAUGGCACCGAUCAUCGACACGCCCUGGACUCUGCCGGCAGGGCACUGCUUCCGGCCCAGCCAGCCUGGCAACCCAGGAUAGACCAGGACGACACGGCUAAAUGCUACAGACGAUUCUUCGUCGGUCGGGAACACGUGAACUUGGUAGGAAGGGAUGGUGAGAAUGGACCGGUCCUCGUCUCGGUGAAGGCCGAGACUGUCGCUGGACAGGAGCACUGGAGGGUGCUGCUGCGAUUGCGGGCAGGUUCCACCCACGAAUUGGUACCGGCCACGAACCUCGGCCCGAAUCCGUCGCCGGCGAAAAUGGUCAAGGCGAUCAACGAAUCUUUAAAUGUUAGCACGCUGAUGCCCGUGGUCUGCUCUGGUGCCGGUACUCUGAUCGCACGAUACGACGAACACGCCCUUGUCUCCAGGUUUAAAUUCGGCGUUCUUCAUCAACGCUCCGGUCAAAUCACCGAGGAACAGCUCUUUGGGAAUAGGCAAAUCACGCCGGCCUUCCAGGAAUUUCUCGACCUACUAGGUCAGAAGAUUGACUUGAAAGAUCACAAGGGGUACCGCGGCGGUCUGGACACCCGACACGGUCAGACGGGUGAUACCGCGGUGUACGAGUUAUUCAGGGGUCGAGAAGUGCUCUUCCAUGUCGCCUCGCUUCUGCCGUACAGCCCCGGUGACUCUCAGCAAUUGCAACGCAAGAGACACAUCGGGAACGACAUCGUGGCGAUAAUAUUCCAAGAGGAGCCAACUCCCUUUAGUCCAGAUAUGAUCGCCAGCCACUUCUUGCACGCGUUCAUCGUCGUGCAAGUCGUCGACCCCUGCACUCCUAACGCGAGGUACAAGGUCAGUGUAACGGCACGGAACGAUGUUCCUUGGUUUGGCCCAACUAUGCCAACGCCCGCUGUAUUUUUGCGAGGAGUCGAAUUCAAGGAAUUCCUUUUAACGAAAUUGGUGAACGCCGAGAACGCAGCUUACAAAGCUGAGAAAUUUUCGAAACUCGAGUUGAGGACGAGGUCAGCUCUGUUGGAGUCUCUGACGGAGGAGCUGCAAACGAAAACCGCUGAGUUCUUGGGCGGUGCGAUCGGUUUGGGUGGUACCGGAUUAGCGUUCAGCGGGAACUGCCCGGUGAGUCCAACGGCGAGCGAUGCUUCCGGGUCCGGCAGCGGCGGAAGCGGCUCCAGGUUCAUCGAUACUGUUCGCAAGGCGUUGAUAUCUCGCGUCAGGAACGCCUCGACGGAGAGCGUGCCGCAACAGUUGUCAAAGAAGGGUCAGUCGGAGCCGAGCCCGCCGAGCAAUCGACAAUCGACUACGAAGAUCAACAGCAAACGUUCGGUAGAGCCGUCGAGUCCCUUGGGCUCGCCGGAUUUGACUCUGAGAAGGGACUCGGAGCGCGGUAGCCCCAGCUUGGGAAGCCAAGACAGUAGCUUAUCGAACACAGACAAUCAAGAUAGCAGUUUAGCCACUUUGCAACAAGACGAGGUCGAUCGCAGGGAGUCCGCCACCUCGGUUUCUGCCAGCAAUAACGACACCACGACGACGUUGGUGGAGAAGACCUCCGUGUCCUCUGUUCAAAGACUGACUCACGAGAAUUUGCGGAAACAGGAGAGAACGACGGAAAAGACGGAGACCACUCAACGAGUCAUCUCCGAGAGCGACGACAGCUCGUUGAACAGCGAACUGGAGUUGGACCAGGCUGUGUAUCCGGACAGCGACACUGGCCUCGAGUCGAUGAGUUCAGCCGAGACUCACGACACCGCCAGGUGUACCACCAAGGAUAGCGUUCUGGAGAACGAGAAUCUGAGAAUGGAAGUCACCAGGCUCAAGUGCGACAAACUGGAUCUACUCAGGCAGAACGUCACCUGUCAACAUGACAUAAAACGGUUGCGAGAAAAGGAAUUGCAACUGCAAUCGGAUCUCGCAGCCGCCUCGAAGGAGAUCCUUCGAUUACGAGCCAUGCUGAAGGAAUGUAAAACGAGUAUACCGUUGGAUAACAAUAAUCAGCAAACGUCUACCGUUUAAAGAGUUUGUUGCGGAUGUGCUUGAUAUACCUUGGAUCGGUGGACAAUUUCCCGUUGCAAUUACUAGAUUUUAACGAGCGUUAGUUAGGCGCAGUAGUCGAGAACUCUGUAUGUACCUUGCUCUCUCGGGAAUCUUUUAAAGAAAAGAAAACAAAAGAGUGAAAAUCUAUCCGGAGAAGUAGUAGUUUGCAGAGAGAAGUUUUCAAUCUUGCAAUUGGCAAGCUGCUUUAUGUUCAUUUAUUUUUAACUGUGGUCGAACUUCUUUUAGAUAGAAAUUACGGUACAAACGCUGUGUAUUAUACUAUAAGAGAAAAAGGGUCAGUGAAAAGGUGGUCGUUUUAGAGAUAUUGUUUUUCCGCUGCACGAUGAAACGUGGCAGACGCGUCUUUCGAGAGAUAUUCGCAACGUAGACGCUAAUUGUUACAUAUAGAUAUUUGUUUCGCUAAUAACCAUCAUUAUUUAUCGAUUAAUUUAUUGAUAGGCAUAAGUUAAUCUCCAAUAGUCAAUACAGUUACAAAUAAAUAAUCACACGAGCGUAAACCACUCGCGAAUAUACGAAUAGGAAUGUUUAAAAAAGAAAAAAAAAAACAGUAGGUACGUCUUGUCAGUAUAAUAGGGAAGAUAUACAUUAGAAUAAAAAAAAAAUGUAAAAUGGCCUUUAGACUUAGCGUUUCCGAGACCGAGAGUAAAUACACAGAAAUUAAUAUAAACAUAUUUUAUCUGUAAUAAUUGAAUGUUCAUAAAAAAAAGUCGAGAACUAAAUAUAUAUAAACAUUAAAUAAAGCGGUUGUAAAUUCUCGUGUUGUUUUCAAGCGAGAAGCGACUGCGCGCAUUGUCCCAUAAGAGAAUAGUGUGAAACGACUGAACGGGCUACAGAGAUCUUAUGGGCUAUAUAGAAAAUAUGUGUUUUAUCCGAUAUAUAUUUCUGACGUCUCACAUUGAAACAAGGAUAUGUAUCGUUAGUUACAGUAUUCGUCGGCGGUGAAUCUACCGAAAUGAAAAUACCAUUACUAGUUUUUUAGUAUUAGUCAGAGAAACGAUGUUAGGAAACGUGAGAACACCUCGUUAGCUAAUCUUCCGAUAUCUCGUUAGCCAAUUUAGAGACUAAGAUUAGGUUCUCCUCCUGAAGCCGCGGUUCGAUAGUAAAUCGAUGAUUUAACUGCACCAAAUUAUUUAACAGCAGCACGCAGCGUAUCGAUGUCAGUAAUAUACAAGUAGGACACGUAUUAUCGUUCAUCGUUCACUAACUACACAAAAAUUAAACUAAGUACACUUCGUUUUUCGCUUAGUUCCGCACGCCCUUCCUUUCACUACAUUUUGACCAACGGUAUUAAUACGUUUUACUAUAACUGCUAUUAUUAAUACGACUAUUCGCAUUAUAAUUAUAAUUAUUAUUAUUAUUAAUCUCGUUACGUUGUCAUUUUCUUCUUUUUGUAAAUAAUCUGAUAUCUUUCUGCACAGCGGAAAGAUCGGAGAUGUUGGAGAAACGGAAACAGGCAGAGGGACACGAGAAUGUUCACUCAUAUAUAAUACCAAAGUUUAUCGUAAUAAAAUCUACUUCUCUUAGUUUUUCUACAUUCCUUUUCAUACACGAUAUUUGCCUCGGAAGGAACAUGAGCCUGCGUAUUAUAAAAUAGCAUGUACAUGUAUACUUUCCUCGAGCGGACGUUUUUUCUACAAGUACAAUUCUUUCUUCUGGAUUUGAAACGGGGAACUUUGUAUGUAUUUACAACUACUUUGCAGACGUAUUACGAUUAUCACUGCCUAUACAACGUCGUCUCGAAGUGUACACAAUAUUUUAUUGGUUUCUGUCGUUCGCGCAACAAGAUAAAAAUUCGUUCGGUCGCAUUGUUUGGCACAAAAAAAAUCUCCCGAGUGAACUGAAAUUUAUUCAGAGUUUAAAUCGGUGAACUGAUUUCGAAUAAUGAUCUUUGUAACGCCGGCUGAGAAAAUAGAACGCGCGCAAACCUCGGAGUAAAGCUAUUUUCGAUCGUCGUAAAAUAUGAACAUACACAGUUUACAUUUUAUACAAUUAACGGAGGCGUUUUUCAUAGAAUUGUUUUAAAACGUAAAAUGGCUGAUUGGGAUACGUUCGAAUUUGUUAAUUGAAGAUCGUACACUACGAUUACGUUGAACAUUAAAGUUACUGUUUUAACAAACCGAUUGAUUUGAACAGAGCACGCACAUACAUACGCAGUCGAAACGAUAGUGAAAUUUAACGCUGCGGGACACUGAGCUACGCAGGUAUUAAAAAAUUCUCAUUACUGCGUAUUAUAAAUUGACGGGAAGGCUUGGAAUUAACUGUAAAUAACGUUAAACACGCGUUUAAGUGAUGAUGGGUCAUUUGAUAAGAGCGUUUUUUCGUCUAAACUUUAGAAGGGGAAAAAAAUUAAGUAAAUGAAUAAAAGAAGAAGACUAAGUUUACCAUUCUCUAGUGUGAUUUCUAUGCUGGCCUUGCAAAAUCAAAGAAAAGAUUAUCUAUAUUACAAAGAGAUAUGUGUUAUAUUAUAUUACGAGAGCGAGAGAGCGAGAAGUGAGUGUGCGUGCGAGCGAGAAAGAGAGAUAAAAUAUUACUGCUAUAAAUAUAUAUUUUGUAUUUAAUAUUGUAAUCGCCCAAAUCUAUCUAACAGAACUGCGGAUACUAUUAUUCUCCGAAACACUACGACGCGAAAAUAUAUAUGUUUCUUAUGACUGGUGUAGAAGUAUUCGCAUUCUAUUUUUUCUUUUCUAAUGCACGACUGUCAACUUCAAAAAUCAGUGGUAAUGAUGUUCGCCAAUAAAUAAAACGAUUUAAACCAA